AAUAUAUGAACAGUAAGAACUAGCAUUCUUAUUGAGACUAGAACUCAUAGGGAAGAAAAUAUAUUUAUGGAUGGAAUCAAAUAUGCAGUAUUUACAGACAAAAGUAUUCGGUUAUUGGGGAAAAAUCAAUAUACUUCUAAUGUCGAAUCAGGAUCAACUAGGACAGAAAUAAAGCAUUGGGUCGAACUCUUCUUUGGUGUCAAGGUAAUAGCUAUGAAUAGUCAUCGACUUCCGGGAAAGGGUAGAAGAAUGGGACCUAUUAUGGGACAGACAAUGCAUUACAGACGUAUGAUCAUUACGCUUCAACCGGGUUAUUCUAUUCCACCUCUUAGAAAGAAAAGAACUUAAAUCAAAAUACUUAAUAGCAUGGCGAUACAUUUAUACAAAACUUCUACCCCGAGCACACGCAAUCGAACCGUAGACAGUCGAGUGAAAUCCAAUCCACGAAAUAAUUUGAUCUAUGGACAGCAUCGUUGUGGGAAAGGUCGUAAUGCCAGAGGAAUCAUUACCGCAGGGCAUAGAGGGGGAGGUCAUAAGCGUCUAUACCGUAAAAUAGAUUUUCGACGGAAUGAAAAAGACAUAUAUGGUAGAAUCGUAACCAUAGAAUACGACCCUAAUCGAAAUGCAUACAUCUGUCUCAUACACUAUGGGGAUGGUGAGAAGAGAUAUAUUUUACAUCCCAGAGGGGCUAUAAUUGGAGAUACCAUUGUUUCUGGUACAGAAGUUCCUAUAAAAAUGGGAAAUGCCCUACCUUUGAGGGUUUUGAUUGAUCAAAAAGAAGAAUCUACUUCAACCGAUAUGCCCUUAGGCACGGCCAUACAUAACAUAGAAAUCACACGUGGAAGGGGUGGACAAUUAGCUAGAGCAGCGGGUGCUGUAGCGAAACUGAUUGCAAAAGAGGGGAAAUCGGCCACAUUAAAAUUACCUUCUGGGGAGGUCCGUUUGAUAUCCAAAAACUGCUCAGCAACGGUCGGACAAGUGGGGAAUGUUGGGGUGAACCAGAAAAGUUUGGGUAGAGCCGGAUCUAAGCGUUGGCUAGGUAAGCGUCCUGUAGUAAGAGGAGUCGUUAUGAAUCCUGUAGACCAUCCACACGGGGGUGGUGAAGGUAGGGCCCCAAUUGGGAGAAAAAAACCCACAACCCCUUGGGGUUAUCCUGCACUUGGGAGAAGAAGUAGAAAAAGGAAUAAAUAUAGUGAUAAUUUGAUUCUUCGUCGCCGUAGUAAAUAGGAGAGAAAAUAGAAUUUAUUUCUUCUUUUUUACAAAAAAAAAAAAAAAAAUAGGAGUAAGCUGUGACACGUUCACUAAAAAAAAACCCUUUUGUAGCAAAUCGUUUAUUAAGAAAAAUUGAUAACCUUAACACAAAAGCAGAAAAAGAAAUAAUAAUAACUUGGUCUCGGGCAUCUACCAUUAUACCCACAAUGAUCGGCCAUACCAUUGCUAUCCAUAAUGGAAAGGAACAUUUACCUAUUUAUAUAACCGAUCGUAUGGUAGGCCACAAAUUGGGAGAAUUUGCACCUACUUUAAAUUUCCGAGGACACGCAAAAAGCGAUAAUAGAUCUCGUCGUUAAGAAAAGAAAGUAAAAAAAAAGAUAUAUGCUUAUAAUUCAUUAGUAGGAGGCAAUUUUUCUAUUUAUGUUAAAGAAGUUAACGAAGAUAAAAACCGAAGUAUACGCUUUAGGUCAACAUAUAUCUAUGUCUGCUCACAAAGCAAGAAGAGUGGUUGAUCAAAUUCGUGGACGGUCAUACGAAGAAACACUUAUGAUACUAGAACUCAUGCCUUAUCGCGCAUGUUAUCCCAUUUUGAAAUUGGUUUACUCUGCAGCAGCAAAUGCUAAUUACAAUAUGGAUUCCAACGAAUCCAAUUUAGUUAUUAGUAAAGCUGAAGUCAGCGAGGGUACUGCCACGAAAAAAUUAAAACCUCGAGCUCGAGGGCGUAGUUUUACGAUAAAAAGACCUACUUGCCAUAUAGCUAUUGUAGUGAAAGAUAUAUCAUUAGAUGAAUAUCAAUAUCUAGGGGUAGACUUUAUAGACUCUUUCAGAUGCUCAAAAAAACUUCAAUCAAAAAAGAAGUAUACAGCUAUGUCAUAUCAUGAUAUGUAUACUAAUGGGGGGAUAUGGGACAAAAAAUAAAUCCACUUGGUUUCAGACUUGGUACAACCCAAAGUCAUCAUUCCCUUUGGUUUACACAACCAAAAAAUUAUUCCGAAGGUCUACAAGAAGAUCAAAAAAUAAGAGAUUUUAUUAAGAAUUAUGUACAAAAAAAUCUGAAAAUUUCCUCUGGCGUCGAGGGAAUUGCACGUAUAGAAAUUCACAAACGAAUCGAUCUGAUCCAGGUCAUUAUCUAUAUGGGAUUCCCAAAGUUAUUAAUAGAAAAUCGACCGGGAGGAAUCGAAAAAUUGCAGAUGAAUUUACAAAAAGAAUUUAAUUGUGUCAACCGAAAACUUAACAUUACUAUCACAAGAAUUGCAAAACCUUACGGAAGCCCUAAUAUUCUUGCAGAAUUUAUAGCCGGCCAAUUAAAGAAUAGAGUUUCUUUUCGAAAAGCAAUGAAAAAGGCUAUUGAAUUAACUGAACAAGCAGAUACAAAAGGAAUUCAAGUACAAAUUUCAGGACGUAUCGACGGAAAAGAAAUUGCGCGUGUCGAAUGGAUCAGAGAGGGCAGGGUUCCCCUUCAAACCAUUCGAGCUAAAAUAGAUUAUUGUUCUUAUACAGUUCGAACUAUAUAUGGAGUUUUAGGCAUUAAAAUUUGGAUAUUUUUAGACGGGGAAUAAUAAAACUUUACUUGUCUUUCCCUUCGAUCCAGUACUAGAACAAAAAAAAUAGUUACUUUUUUAUGUUCAAUCAAAACAAAACCAAAAUGAACUAUUCUAAUUCUAUGAGGUUCAAUAAAAAUUCGAUUGACCUUUUGAAAUAAUCGCUAUGCUUAGUGUGCGACUCGUUGGUUUUUUAGGGUUAGGAUUAAAGAAAAAAAAAAGACCAGCUUUUUUGUAUAAACAAAUAACUAUAACUAUAGAACUAAUAACCAACUCAUCACUUCACAUUAUCUGGAUCCAAAAAACAGUCAAGAUAUGAUAUAUCAGUCAUAUCACUGUAGCAACUGAAAUCUUUUUUGCAUAAACAAAAGAAAAAAUAUGAUUCUAAGUUGUGAAGAGAAGAAGAAAGAUGUGGAUAAACGGGAGGGUGAAAGAAGGGGAGAAAAAACAACGAUAUAAAAUUCCAUCCAAUAUGUAAGGUUUAUGAGUCAUCUCAUAAAGUCUCAUAAAAAAGCAAUGUAAUAUAAAGCAUCAAUCAAUAUGGAUUCAUAAAAAACAAAACGAAUCC